GCGUGCGUGCUGUACUGUUUUGAGUUUGAUAAAUAAAUAUUGACUUCUUAUGUUUUCUCAUUGGAUCUUCUCACUUCCGCUUGGCGGAUCCAGGCUAAUCGAAGUGCAUGACGUCAUUUCCGCUUGUGUCUUGGCAGGGAGGAGGCGGGGUGCUGAAAUGACAUUCGGCCCCACCAACCAAAGCAUAUUUCCCGGAGCCACGGUGAUUAGGAUCAAUAAAGCGCUCUUGACAUCCGUCUAGAACGACGGAGACACAUAUUUGCCAGAUAGCUGGCUAAACACCUUACGGCAAAAUGGCGGCGGGUACUGUCAACCCGUUUAACGUGAGUGAUUCGGAGGAGGAAGCGGAGCAGAGGCAGGAUGGCGCGGACACCGAGCGCAGCCCUAGUGAUGAAGCGCAAGGCCACAGACUCGUUCCCUUCUCCCCGCCGGCGUACUCCGAGCCAGCCGCUCUGCUGUCCAGCAACCGAACCAGCCCGAGUGCGGACGGUAUCCCCGCGUCGGCCGCGGCGGUGGCUGGGAUCGGAGGAGGAGGCGCGGAGACUCGGGUGUCGCUUGAUGCGAUCGCCGCGCAGCUGCUCCGGGAUCAGUACAUCCUCACGGCCCUGGAGCUGCACACCGAGCUCCUGGAAGCCGGACGCGAGCUGCCUCGCCUGCGGGAUUAUUUCUCCAAUCCAGGCAAUUUCGAGCGGCAGAGCGGAACUCCACCCGCGUGCAAAGAGCAAGGUGUCGGUCCUGGAGGUCCGCUCAAUCGAGCUGGCAGCAUCAGUACAUUGGACUCCUUGGAUUUCGCCCGUUAUUCAGAUGAUGGCAACAGGGAGUCAGACGAAAGAGUGGCAGUUCUGGAGUUUGAACUGCGGAAAGCCAAGGAGACCAUUCAGGCUCUUCGUGCCAACUUGACUCAGGCUGCAGAAUGUGAGAUUCCUUCUCAAGAGAGAAAAAACUACAAAUCCAGUCCUGAAAUUCAGGAACCUAUUCGCCCUCUUGAAAAGAGAGCCUUACAUUUUUUAGUUAAUGAGUAUUUAUUGAAAAAUGAAUAUAAGUUAACGUCCAUCACAUUCUCAGAUGAAAAUGAUGAUCAGGAUUUUGAGUUGUGGGAUGAUGUGGGUCUAAACAUUCCCAAACCUCCAGACCUAUUGCAGCUCUACAGGAACUGCGGGAACAGCCUGCCGUUGCAUCGGGAUACUGUGGAUGUGGCGGUCAAUGUAGACCCAAAUGACUUGCCAGGAGACUAUUUUACCCAGGAACCUGUGCAGCAAACUGAGGCUAUACAGCAGCAGCAAGAGGAAGUGAUUCAGGAGCUGGAAUAUCAGAUCAGCCUGCUGAACAGUGAGAAACAGAGUCUGGCUGAACAGAUUAAAAAGCUCCAAAGUGAUAUCCAGGCGCUUCAGAGGAAUGUUUCAUCAGAACCCACAUCUAAAGAAGACUCUCCAUGUGGUAAACCCCCCCUAGACAAUGGACAAUAUUUGGAUAUACGAGGGGUCACAGAAACUGACAGCUCCUCGGAUGCCAACACUACAAAGACCUCAGCCACUACUGCUACUACUGACUGCACUGAAAGCACCACUACUGCUACACAACCUCACAGCAAACUAAAGUCUCAGAGUCAGCAGGUUAAAACCUCUGUGCAAUUUGACCAGCCCAACAGAAAGCUGUCUCCGGCCUUCCACCAAGCACUUUUGUCCUUCUGUCGAAUGUCUGCUGACAGUAGGCUGGGCUCAGAGGUGUCUCGAAUAGCUGACAGCGAGCAGAGCGUCAUGCUCAUGCUGGGCCGCUGUCUGCCACACAUCGUACCCAAUGUCCUGCUGGCCAAGCGAGAGAGAAUGGUUGUGCACCUCUGUCAGGAGUUGAUUCCUCUCAUUCUGUGUACGGCCUGCCUGCAUCCCGAGCCCAAAGAAAGAGACCAGCUACUGCACAUCCUCUUUAAUCUUAUCAAGAGACCUGACGAUGAGCAGAGGCAGAUGAUUCUGACCGGGUGUGUGGCAUUCGCCCGACAUGUGGGUCCCACUCGGGUGGAAGCUGAACUCUUGCCACAGUGCUGGGAACAGAUCAACCACAAGUAUCCAGAGAGAAGACUUCUGGUGGCGGAAGCAUGUGGAGCUCUGGCCCCUUAUUUACCCUCUGUAAUGAAGUGUCUGAUGUUUACUCACUUCCUCAAGGAGAUCCGAAGCUCUCUGGUUCUGUCCAUGCUCCAGCAAAUGUUGGCGGAAGAUAAAGCCGAUAUGGUCCGAGAGGCUGUGGUGAAAAGUUUGGGCAUCAUAAUGGGCUUCAUUGACGACCCAGACAAAUACUCACAGGGCUUUGAGCUGAUGCUGUUGUCUCUGGGCGACCCAUCAGAGAGGGUGGUCAGUGCCACCCACCAAGUGUUCAUUCCUGCCUUCGCUGCCUGGUGUACAGAACUGGGCAACUUACAGUCCCAGCUCAUCCCCUCCCUCCUCACACGCAUCGAGAAGCUGCUCAAGCAGGGUGAAUAUGGUCUAGAUGAACACAAGCUGCAUAUGUAUCUGUCGGCGCUUCAGUCCCUCAUCCCGUCGCUAUUUGCGGUGCUGCUUCAGAACGCCCCCUUCACCAGUCGAGCCAAACUACAGGGAGACGUGCCUCCAAUCGAGGUGACCCGAUUCCCGCGGCCAGUCUCCCCGUUGCAGGACGUGGCCACCAUUGUGGGCAGCCGAGAGCAGUUGGCAGUUCUGCUGCAGUUAUAUGAUCAUCAGCUCCAGCAUGAAGGAACUACAGGAUGGGACAGUUUGCUCUGGGUGGUCAACCAGUUUUUACCACAGCUUAUAGAGAUUGUAGGACGCAUCAACGUCAGCUCAUCCACCUGUGUGCACGAGUUCUCCAGGUUCUUCUGGAGAUUAUGUCGAACGAUUGGGAAAAUCUUUACCAACACUAAGGUAAAACCUCAAUUCCAAGAAAUCCUGCGGCUAUCUGAGGAGAAUGUGGACGCCUCCGCAGGAAACGGCAUCCUUACAAAGGCUACGGUGCCGAUCUAUGCAACCGGAGUCCUGACGUGCUACAAUCAGGAGGAGGACCGUAAACUCUUGGUUGGCUUUCUUGAGGAUGUCAUGACCACGCUCUCUCUCUCGCAUGCUCCUCUUGACAGUCUAAAGGCUUCAUUUGUAGAGCUGGGGGCAAACCCAGCGUAUCAUGAGCUUCUACUGACGGUGCUUUGGUAUGGAGUGGUCCAUACAUCUGCACUGGUACGCUGCACCGCUGCACGCAUGUUCGAGCUGGUUCUUCGAGGCAUGAGCGAAGCCUUAAUUGACAAGCGAGUAGCCCCGGCCCUUAUUACCUUGUGCAGUGGUCCUGAAUUCUCAGUGAGGAUAUCAACAAUACCUGCCUUCGGAACUAUUAUGGAAACCGUAACGCAAAAAGAGCUGCUAGAGAGAGUGAAAAUGCAGCUGGCCUCUUUUCUGGAAGACCCCCAGUAUCAGGACCAGCAUUCUUUGCACAUGGAAAUCAUCAAAACAUUUGGAAGAGUAGGACCCAAUGCAGAGCCACGCUUCAGAGAUGAAUUUGUUCUUCCUCAUUUGCACAAACUGGCUCUGUGCAACAACCAGCAGACAGUGGAGAGUAAAAGAAUUGACAUUGCCACUCAACUGUUUGAGGCAUACAGCGCCUUAUCCUGCUGUUUUAUUUCUGAAGAACUCAUGGUGAAUCAUUUCCUCCCUGGACUGAGAUGUUUGAGGACAGAUAUGGAGCAGCUCUCUCCGGAGCACGAGGUUAUUCUCAGUUCCAUGAUAAAGGAGUGUGAAAUAAAGGUGGAGAACAAAGGCAUUGGAGAGGCACAAGGGUCCAUCUCUAUUGCAGCGAGUCUGGUGGGUGAGGACGCAAAGACCAAGUUUCUAAGUAAGAUGGGCCAGCUGACCACCUCAGGUGCCAUGCUGGCGAAUGUUUUCCAGAGAAAGAAAUGAGAGCUGUUUUGGGUGUUUCCCAUGAACCAUCCACUUUCUGGGAUCUCCUACUUGAAGUCAAUUGUCUGCCUUUCUUUUGUUCGUCUUUGAUUUGAUAGGCUAUAUUUUUAACAUAUUUAUGUCUUAAAUUUUUUCCAGCCUCCAAAGAAAUUUGCACUCAUGUUUCAAUGUUUUCCUUUUUUUUAAUUUCUAUUUUAUUUCAGAAGGCUUAUUUGCAUCACUAGACUUUUUGUUUGUUUGUUUUUUGGACAAUGUGAACUUUAUGAAAUCAAAACAAUGAUUCCUUCCUCGUCUUGUUGUCUUUUAUGUGUUGCUGUGUCUCUGGAGAAUAUUUUCUAUGAGUGUGUAAAAUUGUCUGGGGUUUUGUUUCUCUUAUUUUGGAUAUACUCCAACAGUAAAUAACUGUAAAAUACAGUGAAUCAAGAGAACAGUACCCAUUAUCAUGUAUAUUUGAAAAUUCGUGUCGUAAGAUAAUAAAAUGUGAAGACUACUUAUGUA